AUGAAGCAACUGAUCCCCACCAACCCGUUCUCGGUCCCGGAAAUGAUGGAGGUGGCCGAUCGUCGGCCACCCCAGCCGGACCGGGAAAUGCUAAUUAGGCGCGAAUUCCAGGGCAAGGCCCGCAACAAAAUGAAUGAUGUCUUCGGGACCUUCCUGGAAUUUCAAAACGGGGACACCCCAGCGGCCAAGCCAUCGCCUCGGCAUCAGUUUCGAGUGGAUUCCAGGUCGAACUCGCCGACCACGGGGCUGAUGAUUGAUAAAAUGGUAGGACUUGUUGCUGUUGAGCCGUUGCCACCGCCUGAUUUUGAAGAAAAUAUUCUUGAGCAACCCACCACUUCCGGUUCCGGCAGCAGCUCCCAAAAUAAUGGCAUAGAAUCCAAGCCCGGCUCCAGCCAUACGAACGACAACAAUUUACAGCCACCCUCAUCAAGACACCGACACUCAAGCGGCGGCCCCACAAACCGACCCUCAACCUCAAAUCACGCCAAGCCGUUCCAAAAGGAAUCCCAAAAAAUCUCGUUGCAACGUACCGCCCUGGCGAAUGCGGAGGCACAGAACCAUUCUAAACGUCCUGACCCCGGUGAGAGGUCGAUUGCUGCUUCUCCUGCUGCGUCAACUUCCGGUUCACAGCUUGAGUCUGGAAGAACACCAGGAGGUGGCCGCGAACGAAAAGCUCAUAAAAGCAAAGAAACAACUGGGAGGGACUCGAAUCCGGGUAGCGAAAGAGUACCGGAAGCUGUGGUAGAUACCAAUACGGCUUCUACAUCUGCCGCUCAGAAUGAAAAAGCGAUAGCUGAGGCUAAUGAGAAGGCCGAAGCCAUAGCGGCGGAGAAAAAGCGGGAAAAAGAGAGGAUGAGGCUGGAUACGGAAAGGAUUCUGGAGAUAUUUGGCACGAUGCCUGGGAUGAUAUCCCCGCCAUCCGUUUUUGACGACUUGGAGCUGAGUAGUUGUUCGGAUUCUGAUGAGGAGCCAUCCACAUCGGCGCCAGAGUUGAAGAAGGAGGAGCCGACACCGGAAUUGACAAUUCAAAAGCCACAACCAGAGGAUCUGAAGUCAGAAGUUAAAAUUAAACCAGAAAUUGUACGCCCAUCUAAGCCAGAAAAAGAGAUGAACGGGCCAGCAAUACAGAAAAGGCCUCCCACUCCGGAAGAGAAAAUGGUCGACAAUCGAGAGACGCGGAAACGGAAGCUUGAUGAUAACACAUCAAAACUUGACAUUCGAGCAUUAGAUGUUGCUCAAUUAGAACAACUCAUCAGCGCCAUCAUCGAAAAGAAGCAAAAAGAGGCGAACGAGGGUGAAGCAUCAACUUCCGAGGCACCAAUCCCAUCCAGAGAUGAGAUUAUGUCUGAUGUCAAAGCACGGACUAAUGGUCCAUCAAUGCCGGCACCUUCAAGCUCAAAUUCCACACCGAUACCGGUUCGAGAGGAGCAUAACCAUGUGGAGGUUCGCUCAAGGAAUCCGUCAAAUGAAAUCGAUGUCCGAAACUUAAAAGCUACUUAUCCAGAUGAAGUCACCGGAACAAUCUCUGGAGGCGAAUUCUACGAUAAACUGGCGAGGAGUUAUAAGCACCUUGGCGACGCGUACUCUAAAAAGGUGGAAGCCGAUCGCCUUAAACGGGUUCUAAAAUACACCCAAGGAAUUGCAUACUACAUGAUGGCCGCCUGUGAAUGCAAACAUGCGGAAAGAAAACUUUUGCUGCUGGAAUCGACAAUGGCAUUCACCCAAAGUGUGAUCGCCGAGCUCGAACCCCUAGCCGCCAAUGAUUCUGGCCGUCUAAGAAAUAUGCUUCGGCGAGGAAUGGCCAUUUUUAACUAUCAGCAUUAUACGACUACUUCAAAAAGAACUCAAGAAAACAUGGAAAUGCUGUUGAAGAUGGAGAAAUCAAACCCGCCACGACGAUUCACGAACAAGACGGGCGAUGGAUCUAUCAGUUCUCCAUCGACGGGCAAUCCUAGCGAGUUGAUCGUUUCCCGCGGGAUUCACGAGCUUCAGAAUCGGCAGUUGAGGUCGAUGAACUAUUUGAUGACUGCUCAUCAUUUAUGGGAGAAGGUGAAACUGGAGACCACUCCACAAGGGGAGAUGCAUUUAAAAAAGCUCGAACUCGUCACCGGACACCGCAUCGAGCUCGACAUGUCCAUCCCAAGCAUGGUCAUCUCAAUCCUGACCACGGCCGCCUGGCUCCAGGGUGAGCAUCAAAUCGAG